CCCAGUCGGGCGCCAGUUAGUCCUUACGCGCCGACGCUACCGCUCGCUUCCGCCCCACAAAUUCACUUCACACAUGUGAACUUUUUUAUAAAAUAGUGCUGUGCUACACAGUUCAAACAAUCACCUUUAUUUGACAGAACUUUUUUUUAAUUUUGUGUGCAUGAUAAUGGGUUGCUACGGACUCGGCCGACGAAGCGUAUAGACCCCAAAAAGGUCCACGAUCGCUGAGCACAAUGUUUUCCUUAUGCCGACGCUACAAAGAUGAUCAUGAACACGGCGCUACGCAAAUCAAAGGCGGCUACAUGCUGCGGUAUAAACGGAAAUAUCUAUGGAACUCCUGGUCGGAAGAGUGGGUGGUCCUGUAUGAUGACUCCACCAUGGCUUGGUUUAAGGACGCUUCAGGCAAAUGUAUGGCGACUCAAAAACACCUGGUGAAGGAGUGUCCCGAGAUGCUGGCCAUCGCGACCUGGACGGGACAGGUGCCUCGCAGACCGACCUUACCUCCAGGAGCCAAGCUGUCUCAGCUGAUGGCAUUAGGCUCCCGGCGAAACCCUGGACAUGUCGUGUGGAUGCUCGCCAAAUCUGAUGCUGAGAUGAAAGACUGGAUGACAGCAAUAUCAAAAACACUACCAGCCCCCCCUCACAUUGAGCUGGUGAUGGCCAUGCCCUACCUUCGCACGGCGUUCAAGAGGCCCACAGUAAGAGUUAGACCAGCGACUUCCUCGGAGAUGUACAACAGGAACGCUCGCAGUGCCGUGGGUGCUCUCGACGGGCGCGGCCUGGUGGCUGUCAUCAAACGCCAGGUGCCUCUCGCUGGACAGUUGGAUCAUCAACUCGCCUGGGGACAGGGGUGGGGGUGGGUUACGCUGCCUAACGGAGUUUGGAGUGGACGUUUAACCUGGUCCCAAGAAGGCGAAGACUUCGCCCUCCAUGCUAUGCCGAUCAUGCAUCACACCAACGUGUCUCAAGCGUGCUCCAUGCUCGAUGGGGUCACGGCAUACGAGGCCUCAGUCUACGAGCAGGCCCUGGCAGAGUAUGAUGACACAGGCACCUCCGAUGACUGGGACUUCGGAGUAGACUGUGGAGACUUUAUGAUGUAAAACCUUUUUUGACGUCUGGUUCGAAAGACUAAACGCGCUGUUUCUAAAUAAAUGCAACCUAUUUGGUCUUUGUGCGACUGCAUACUGGCCAGUGACCUUUCGCAAAUUCAAAUUCUGACAGCUCAAAGAACAGCAUGUUUGGUGUGCGGAACCGAUAGAUGUCGCUGCAAGACACUAAUUCAAAGAUUAUCUUAUGUGCAGAAGAGUAGCAUUUCAUUCGUCUCAUUUUACCUAUGCUGGUCAUAAAAAAUAUAUUUCUGCUAUGUGAUUGCUUACGUUUGUAUGGGAGGUAAACCCAAUUACUUGGAUAUUCGUACAUUCAUUGAAAUCUUUGUAUUAGUGUCCUCUGCAAUAACAAAUACUGUAAACAGUAUUUUCAUUAAAUAUUUUGAUUCCAAAUCAAAUAACAAUGCCAAAACGAUUUGUGUUAUAUAUUUACGUGUAUUUAUAAUGUGCUGGUCACAAAAAACUUAUGUGCCAAUUAAAAAGUUCAUUAAUGAAAUUAAAAAUGUCUAAACAUCUUAUGAAUUUUGAAUAACAAAUAAUAAUUCAAAGAAAGUUCUAUUUGUUACUUCUAAAGUCUUUGUGGAAACUUUCCAAUGUCGGCGAAAAGGAAAAAAUAUAUUAUUGUGGAUGCUUAAUCAAAGAUUUGAUUCAAAGGAGUGUGAUUACGAAGAAGGAUAGUUACUAGCUGACGUUCAACAUUGUGAAGAUCUAGACAUCAAUUAUAACGAACAUCAGUCAUGAUUGGGCAUACACAAUCACCUAACUAUGCAUUAAAUAGAUGUGCUAUAGAGAUAUUGCAUGUUGUCAUAGAAAAGAUGUGUGUAGCCAUGAAAUUCUAUAGAUUUUCAAAUUCUUGAAAUUCGGCCUAUCGAUAAAGCCUAGGAUGUUCAAUGUAGGUUUAGCACAAUCUCGACCUCUCAGAGCGAUAUUUAUUUAGGUAAAAUUUAUUUACGGAACAUUUGAUACUGUCUUCUCUAUAAUCUUUGAUAAACUGUAACGUUGAUUGUUUUCCCAUUUCUAUUUUUCUUAUACAUGAUGCAUUUCGAGGGAUUAUUGAUGAUAUUGAAAAUCAUAUUAAAAUCUAUCUUAACAAAACCAAAACGUGGUAAUUGACAGAUAAAGUUUUCGAAGGUUUUAUGUGAUUACACAGAUCAGGGUACACAUUGUUCUGCUUUAUUGAAAACUUUUUCACGUUCACUGGACUCAAUAUAAUGUCGCACAAAAUGAGAGUAACUUGAGAAUAAAUUUAUUUAACACGUAGGAUAAGUACAUUCAAUGCUUGUCCCCCGAUGACACCAAUUACGAAUGAGAAAGUAUAUUUACUCAUUGAAUUCGUAAAUAAAUCGUAUUUUAGACGUAAGUCGAUGUUAGUAUUAGUAUAUGUGGUCGGUAGACAUUACCUAACUGAACGAAAUAUAUCGUGGAGCUCUUUUAAAACAACAACAUCGUUUUUAAAAGAACUUUGUUCACAAAAUCAACGUUUUGGCAUAUUGUCGGUAUAGUUAGGUGUGUGGUAAUUAGUACAAUUAUUUAAAGAAAAUUUCUAGUCGCUAUAAAAUCUUCCGACCUACCCAAAGACUGCCUAACGUUAUUUACCUAAUACCUGUGUUGUGUGUAACCCUAGGCAUGGUAAACGCGAUUAAAUGUCCCUCGCCCCGCGAACGCUACAUUGCAAGAUUUUACUGUCAAAUAAAAAAUAACUAGAAAUUGUUGUAAGAAGGAAGAAAUUCAGAAACUGCCAUAACUAUAAAAAAAGCCUUAUUUUCUUUAUUGGGAAUAGUUUUAUUUUAUUUUCUGGUCAAAGGAAUGUUACAAAAGAAGGUAAAAUAUAAUCGCCACUAAUUUCAACUGUGUCAAUCUGUCGUGUCUACAUGUUACGUCUAAUCUAUGAACUCACUAAGUAUGACAAUAUGUAAUGGCGGGAAAUUUUACUCGUGCAAAAGUAGUCUUGCAAUGUAGCUAUAGAUGUCGUAGCCAAAUUAUUGUAUUAUACGAAUGUAAAUUAGAAUAAUUAAUUAGACGUUUAUAAGAUAAAAAUAAUACAAUUAUGUAACGCAAUUUCGUUUUCGGUUCUUAAUUGGGUUGAGCAAACUUUUUUAAUCGCAAGUGACAGUAAAGAGGAAAGAGUCAGAAUAAAAAAAGGUUUCAUUACUAAUUGGUCUUGUUUAUGGUACAUUAAUUUCGCAAUCAAUAAAUUAAUAGAAGCCAGUAAUGAUAAAAACAUUGUGGUCUAUAUGUAAUAAGCAGUUUAAAAGCACUUUUGUCCUGUUACAGACAUACAUGAUAAAAAAAAUAUUCUGCGGUUAAAUAUAUUGCUUACAUUACUUGUUCGAUGUUUUGUACACUUAUAAAAUAAUUCACUGACACUUCAAAACUCACUAGAACUUAAUUUAAUUUGGUAAAUUAUACAAAAUUAUUUGUAAUAUUAAUACUAGACAGCAAUAAGGCAUCGGUAUAGAUGUCUAGGUAAUAUAAUUAUGAGAUAUUUUUGUAUGAGAAGCUUGAAAUCCCGUCAAUGUGUUCGUUCCUUCGUAUUUAUAUAUAUUUUUCUGUGUAAGAAUUAUUUUUGGAGCGCUUGUUCGGAAGAGUGUUAUUUUGUGAUAUUGUCUGCACAAGUUCCCAUUAAGAGACGCUGGCAAUGAGACAAAGAUAAGCAGGCCUAAA